UGUUUUAGAGCCAGGCAAAAACCAUAGUGCUCCUCCUCCAACCACACACACACAUUCAGGGUGCCCCAUCCGUCUUCCUAUACUUUACCUAAUUGUCUUGAGAUUGUAAAGCACGAGACAAAGGACUCCAGUAUCGUUUACCGAAGAAGAACAGAGCAGGGCCUGUAUUUGUGAACAUUCCAGAGAUGAAGAGGAACGCAAUGGAGCUGUGCGUAGGACUGCUCCUGCUCUUUAGUCUGGCUGGAGUGGGACACUCUUGCGUGGAUCCUGAAUCGGCCUACAGGUUUACUGGCAUCGUGUGUAGGCUCACGUACCCUGCUGCUGUCGUCUUAAAUGAAAAAACCACAGAAGUAAUCCAGGCUGCAUUCAAGCAUGCUAAAUAUCCCAAUAUUCAGGGGGAGAAGUCAAUGUUAUUCAUGGGCAAGCUGAAUUACGGAUUACACAAUCUGGAGAUCCACAAUCUGACAAUUGGGAAAAGUGAAUUUGAGCUGCAGGAGAAUAAAGGCAUUGGCAUCACUAUCUCCAAUGUAUCUGUUGUUUUUAAGGGAACUAUUAUAUAUGAAUACGGAUCCUAUCUCUUCUCAGUAGGCCAGUCACUUGAUUUUGAAGUUGAGUCCCAAAUUGAUUUAAUCAUCAAUUCUAAGUUAUAUUGUGGGAAAGGCAGAGUAGCUGCAGACACUUCUAACUGCUACCUCACCUUCCACAAGCUGCAGCUCCUACUGCAAGGCGACCGAGAACCUGGCUGGCUGAAGAAAGUGUUCACUAAUUUCAUCACUAUCACAGUAAAGUUGGUUGUAAAGGGCCAAAUCUGUAAGGAAAUAAACAAGGUUGCAAAUAUCCUGGCAGAUUUUAUCCAAGACACAGCAGAGCAGUUUGUGAGUGACGGAAACAUCUCUAUGAAUGUUGGCAUAACCUCUUCCCCGGCAAUCACCUCCAAUUACGUAGAGUCAUACCACAAGGGUCUAGUGACCUAUAACAACACCACCUCAGUGAUCAAAGACUCUGUGUUUAAGCCAGACCAGAUUUCAGAGAAUCGCAGCCUGUACUUCUGGCUCUCUGAUGAUGCCCUUGAACCUCUAAUAACGGCAGCAUACCACGACGGACGAUUCGUCAUAAACAUCUCCGGAACAGAGCUCACUGACAUGUUCCAGACUCAGCUAUCCACAGACAGACCUAAUUUAGUGAACAAGUGGCUAUUCUCUGAGGAACCGUUGUUAAGAUCGUGGUGUGCAUCAGUGCCUCGUUUCUGGACGACACCGCAAGGCUCAUCUGUCAGAGUGGUGGCUGCAGUGGAGCUCUCUUCUGCAAAGCAGGACAGUCCUGCGCUGUACUUUGAGACGGAGGUGGAGGUCUAUGUGAGAGCCUCUUAUGCUGAAAAGAAAGUCAUCCUGAAGGCCACACCAGUGAAUAUAUCUAUAUCAAACUUUACCACCUCGGAAGAUGUUUCUGAGAGAUUAAGUGCUUAUCUUCAGGAGGCUGUUGAGAAGAUUGGGAUCCCCAAAGUCAUACCCUACCUAGAGGCAACAAUGACAGCCUUGAUGGACAAGCAGAAUCUCAAUCUGUUCGACAUUAUCAAUCCUGAAGUAAUACCUUAUAAUGGUUAUGUCUUGGUACAGAUGGACUUUGGUUUCCCACAGCAUCUACUAGUGGAGUUCCUCAGGAAGACUCUGGUGUAACUGCAGUCUAAUAUCUGGUAUUCUGUCAUGCAUUUGCCUAAAGACACCUAUGAUCACAAAGUGUCGGCACAAGUAUAUUUACAUUUGUAUUUACAGAUUUUUAGUUUGAGAGAGCAUUUUUGUAAUAAGACUUUUUGUAGUAGAAUAUUGUACUUUUAAGCACCUGUAAAACAUCCUUUCUUUAUCUGUGGAUGUCAAGGCAACCAUUAAAAAUGUAAAUUUCCAGGAGUUUCCAGAAGAAUAGAAACUUUACUGCUGUUGACAUAAUGCUCUAUGGUGGAGAUUUUCUUUCUUGCUCCAUUAAACUUCUAAUAACCAUUUAAUAAUUCAGUAACUUUUAUAGCUUCAAGUUGUAUAACACAAACAUCCUUCUAGUAAAGUCUGCUGACUUGGUGGUAAUCUUGACAAUGCUCCAGGGCAGUUAUUUUCAGUCAUACAAGACCAGGCUCAUAUUUACUUGAAAUGGCGGAGGCCCAUAUGCCACAAAAGGAUCAACAAUGUUUAAAUUAUGUAUUAGAAAAUCUGACAAAGAUGCUGUGAAUAAUAUGCAUUCUUUGGCUGAAAUAGCAUGAAUUUUAUUUUAGGUUGUCCCGUAUAACUAAUGGACCAAAGUGCACUAAAAAAUGUAGAAUCAUUGAUAUGACACUGAUUGGAGUUGUUAAUUUAGCAAUAGUUAAAACUAAAGCUAUUCAGUUAAGGUUUCCAGCUUGGGAAUGUUUUAUGUUUGUUAUGACUUGUGUGGUUUCUUGAUAACAUGACGAGCUGUAUUUUUUUUUUUUUUGGCUUAUUAAACUUAAGAGGCUGGUAAAGGUCUGACUGUUGUAGUUACUAUAAUGUCAGGGAUAAAAGGAAGUAACUUGUUUCUUGGACAUUCCACAAUAUUAAGUGUAACUACAAAUGGUUACAUUAUGGUGUCUUUCAUAAUUAAAUAAAUAAAGUAUUAUCAGUGAUUUAAA